UUCACACCCCCGCGUGUGGGCGGAUCACCGAGCGACUUCCACCCAGCCGCCACAAGCAAUGAGAGGAGAGCUGGCGUAUCGGUCUCCUCGUCUCCUCGAAGUGAAAUGCUGGCCUUCCGAUAUCUUGGAAAGGCCCACCAAACGGACGCACCUUUUGCUGUACAUCGGUCAGGGCACAACACCGGUACCGAUACAAGCAACAAUGACAACGACGACAGGGGCAGCGCACGGUGCUUGGAAGCCAUCACCGUCGUGCUUAAUCAAUCGUCGCCCAAGGGAGGAAUCAGAGAACCCCCGUUUAUCUCAUCCACGUUGCAGCUGCAAUUAGCGUGCUUGGAGCUAUGCAGGGUGUGUCGAAGCCUGCCAUCCCUGCACAUCACGGUCCGGGAAACAUUGCCUUCAAGCUUGUGGGUUGCUCCGACUUCCUCCGACGACGCCGGCGAUCACGACGACGGCGUUCUCCUUCCUUCUCUCCGCCGAUGCUAUCCCCGCGGGGGCAUGCGAGGGAAAGACGGCGUGACCCCGAACCGCGUCCCGCCCCUUCUCCCAUUCAGCGUAACAUGUGGGUACGCGAGCUUGCCUCUCUCUAGUAGUAGUCGCACGGCCGACCGAUGGGCUGGCGUGGAGCGACUGCGCCUCGAAUUUUCUGUCUCGGAGAUUGAGAAUUGGAAGGAAUCGCCGUUGGUGGUGCUGCCGGGAAGACUCAAGCACCUGCUGCUUAUCUCGAGCUACUUCGAUUUUGUCCAAAACAGAAUUGGGAACUAUCGACUUCCGGUGGCGGUGUUGUCGUCGCCGCCGCCCCUCCUCCUCAAGCUUUUCGUCAACGGGAGUUUCGAGGUGCCGGUUGCAGACGUUCCGUGGCCCCCUUCUCUUAUACAGAUUUCUUUCGGAUCUAGGUUUCAACAACGCUUGGGGAGAGGGGGGGCUGGCAGUGCUGUUGACGGUGUUAUCAAAUGGCCAGUGCACCUGCAGCAGCUGUCGUUCCGGCAUCAAUUCGAAGAGCCCAUUGCCGAAGUCAGUUGGCCGUCAUCGCUGGAGCGCCUCGCGUUUUUUGGGCCUGGCUUCAACGAGCCUCUUGCCGGUGUGGUGGCUUCCUGGCCGUCGCUGCGGAAACUCGUCCUCGGGAAUACUUUCAACCAAACAAUCGCCCAAGUAUCGUGGCCGUCCUCAUUGCAGGAGCUCUCCCUGGGCGAAGGAUUCCACAAUACCGUAGAAGAAGUCAUAUGGCCUUCUUCGCUACGAAAGCUGGAUCUGGGCCAAAGCUUCAACCAUCCCAUCGCUGAAGCUACGUGGCCAGCCUCCCUGGAAGAGCUGGCGUUUGGAGGUUGUGGAGGCAGGUUCAAUCAUCCCAUCACCCACGUUGCGUGGCCGGCAUCCAUCCGAGAGCUCACAUUCGGGGCACAUUUCGACCAACCCAUCGCCCAAGCGUCGUGGCCGAGUUCCCUUCGAGCGCUCGCAUUCGGGACACAUUUCAACCAACCCAUUGACAAAGUGUCAUGGCCACCCUCCCUCCAGAAGCUUACCUUUGGAAAGUUCUUCAAUCAUCCCAUCGCCCGUGUUUCGUGGCCGGAUGCCUUGCGAGAGCUGGCAUUCGGGGAAAGGUUCGACCAGCGCAUCGUCCUUGUCAAGUGGCCGGCCUCCCUCCGAUCUCUCGCGUUCGGUGAACGGUUCAACCAACAAAUCGCCCAAGCAUCGUGGCCCGAUGCGUUGCAAGAAAUCGAGUUCGGUGGGUGGUUCGCCCAACCGAUGAUCGGUACCGACUGGCCGAUGAGCCUGCGUAAGAUAUACAUCAGUAGGCGUUCUGUCUCGGGGAAUCGCGGAUCAGGCUGCGUGUCCGACCUCUGUGGAAAACGUGAGCUAUCGCUCUUCCGUUACGUUUUGUGAGGUUCCAUGUUUGCCCACUCUGCCCAAAAGGACGACCUUGCAUGAGAUGGGAGAGACCGGAUAAGUUGGAAGGAUGUUAGAGAAGGCAACGAGAGGUACUUACUCUCGGCGGAACAGUUGGCUAAAGUACGCAAAGGUUAUCUCCCAACACCCUUUCUUUGGCGAAAUUGAAUGGAGGAUUGGUGGCUCGCACGGCUGUUUGUUCCCCUCAUUCGAGACGUUUCGGAUGGAAUCUUCGCUGAGUGUACCGCCCGCAUCACCAAAGUAGUGAUUCCCUUUUUCGGCUCUGGUGUGUGGUCGCUGUGUGAAGAAGAGUUGUGAUGUUGUGUGGGUGCUGUGUGUAUAAAUGGGCAUACAGCACGGCUGGAUCUUCAUGGUGAACGAGUUGUUGGUUGAACCGAGCAACGCGUUUCCUUGGUCAAACGAAACGGUCACGUACUCUUGUGGCGGCGAUCUUCCCCGGUUCGAACUACAGGCAGCCUGCUGCCGUUGGGCGUUGGUGCCUGACUUUGCGAUUCCUGAAAGACUUGGACAGUCGUCCACCAUCCUCGUUCGUCUCAUGUAAAAUCUCAACCAUUACUACCAACAACUCACUCGACGGUAGGUGGAGGCACAGCUAACGCGUUUAUCGACAGAUCGUUCAUAGUUGGCUGGCUGUCAGAGAACAAACUUGAUGAGAGUCCAUCAGGAGUUUUUAGGGUCCAGCAAUCCGGCCGAGAGAGGCUGAUUUGAAGCAGCAGGCAACUUGCAUCACACCCAGUGCCAUUCUUGUUCUCAUGCACCUCGAGUCUGCGCUCCCGACAGUUUUUGAUUUGAGUCUCAGGCUGACAUCGUAUCUUCUGUUGCCCAACGCUUUGUCUAGGAGCUUUGCCUAGGGGGCGAGCUGCAUCUAUGUCGGGAGGGGGUACGGGACCGUUGCGCGUACAUGCACACAUGCGGUGAAAUCGGAAAGAGAAAAGA